AUGCAGUGCUACACGGAGUUGACGCCUCCCACAGCGGUAACGCACUCCAUUGUGCUGCCAUUCACCUCGGCGCACGCGCAUAACCUGGUCAUCGCCAGAGCCUCCCUCCUCCAGGUCUUCACCACGAAGUCAGUGUCGGCCGAGGUCGACAAUGCCAACAAUGCCGCCCAUACGCAAUCGUCCAAGGCACCUGGCCACUACGAUAGCCGAAUCAACGACGACGACGGUCUAGAGACCUCAUUCCUCGGCGCAGACUCCAUGCUGGUGCGUUCCGACCGCUCCAGCUAUACGAAACUCGUCCUCGUAGCAGAAUUCCCAUUGUCGGGCACCGUCACGGGACUUGCGCGCAUCCGUCGACAGAGCUCAAAGUCCGGUGGUGAAGCCCUCCUGCUGGCUUUUCGGGACGCCAAGCUAAGCACAGUGGAAUGGGAUCCGGAGAAGAACACGAUAUAUAAUACAUCGGUCCAUUUCUAUGAGCAAGAUGAUCUGCAGAAGGUGCCGUGGGCGGCGCCGCUGGGCGACUAUGUCAACUUUCUGGCUGCCGACCCAGGUAGCCGGUGUGCAGCACUCAAGUUCGGUGCGCGCAGUUUGGCUAUCCUGCAGUUCAACCAGUCCGAGGAAGAGGACAUUGACAUGGAUGACUGGGAUGAAGAGCUGGACGGACCCAGACCAGCCAAGGAGCUGUCCACGACGAUUGUAAAUGGCACUAGCAGCAGCAAUGAAGAUACACCAUAUUCGUCCUCAUUUGUCUUGCGACUAUCCAAUCUUGAUCCUAGUCUGAUCCAUCCCGUGCAUCUUGCCUUCCUCCACGAGUAUAGGGAGCCUACGUUUGGCAUUCUCUCCUCGACCAUGGCUCCAUCUGCCCAACUCGGCCGUAAGGAUCACCUCACGUACACCGUAUUCACCCUCGAUCUCAAACAGAAGGCAUCAACCACCAUUUUGUCCGUCAACGGGCUCCCACAAGACCUAUUCCGUGUCAUAGCCUUACCUGCUCCGGUUGGCGGUGCUCUCUUGGUUGGCACCAACGAACUCAUACAUAUCGACCAGUCGGGUAAGACCCAUGGCGUUGCAGUGAACUCAUUUGCAAGACAAAUGACUUCCUUCGGCCUUGUGGACCAGUCUGAUCUUGGGCUUAGACUUGAGGGAUGCGAAAUCGAGGUCCUAGCCCCCGAAGUUGGGGAGAUGCUCAUAGUAUCGAAUGACGGACGCCUUGCCGUCAUUGACUUUCGAAUCGAUGGCCGCACAGUAGCUGGGCUCAGUGUCAAAACAGUUUCGGAGCAAGCAGGCGGCCUCCUGCUCUCAAGUCCUGCGUCAACUCUUGCAAACUUGGGAAAGACAAGCCUAUUCGUCGGCAGUGAGGACGGAGACUCCGUUGUCAUUGGAUGGUCACGAAAACAAGCCCAGACUUCACGGCGCAAAGGCCGCUUACAUGAUACCUCGAUGGAUGCAGAUAUCGAUGAUGAAGACCUCGAAGACAUGGAUGAUGACGACGAUCUCUACGCUGACGAGUCUGCCCCUGCCAAGCAGGCGACCGUUCCACUGGAAUCUUCAACUUCCAAGAGCGGGGAAUUGCUCUUCAAAGUCCAUGACAAGCUGGUCAGUUUAGCGCCCAUCAGAGCUGUGAGUCUAGGACCCGGCACAGCGACGUUUGAGGAACAAGAGACCAAAUCAACAGCAACCAUGAGCGAUUUGAGUCUCGUAUGCGCGGUCGGCAGAGGCAAUGCCGGCUCUCUCGCCGUGAUCAACCGCGCAAUACAACCAACGGUCAUUGGAGAGUUUGACUUUCCCGAAGCUAGGGGAUUCUGGACGCUAGCCGCCCAGAAACCCGUACCGAAAUCGUUGCAAGCUGAUAAGAGUAAUGCGCUGAUGGGAGCCGACUUUGAUGCAACAGCACGCUAUGAUAGGUUCAUGAUCGUGUCAAAAGUGGACUUGGACGGCUAUGAGACAUCGGAUGUCUAUGCCGUGACAGGGGCUGGCUUUGAAAACUUGACUGGCACCGAGUUUGAACCAGCUGCUGGGUUUACCAUCGAAGCUGGCACAAUGGGAAAGAACAAGAGGAUCAUACAAGUGCUAAAGGCCGAGGUUCGAUGCUACGAUGGAGAUUUCCAUUUGAGUCAAAUCCUGCCCAUGGUUGAUGAGGAGACUGGAGCGGAGCCCAGAGUCGUGAAUGCCAGCAUAGCCGACCCCUUUCUGAUGCUGGUGCGAGAUGACUCGAGUGUCUUCGUCGCAAAGAUUGAUAAGAACAUGGAGCUUGAAGAACUCGAGAAAGAGCACGAAAAUCUCAUUUCUACCAAGUGGCUCACGGGAUGCUUGUACGAGGAUAGUACUGGCAUUUUUGCCAACGUUCAGACAGAUCAUGGCACCAAAUCGGGUGAAAAUAUAGUCAUGUUCCUUCUUAGUGGGCAUGGUGCUUUGCAUAUAUACGCUUUGCCGGACCUCUCCAAGCCCAUAUGUGUCGUAGAGGGCUUGCCAUUUGUCCCGCCCGUCUUGUCUGCCGGAUACUCGGCCAGACGUGGCAGUGCUAAAGAGACGAUCACGGAGAUUCUCGUAGCCAAUCUUGGAGAUUUGACAUCGUCGUCACCGUACCUUAUUGUACGACACUCAAACGACGACUUGACCAUUUACCAACCAUUCCGGGUGUCUUCUGGCGAGGAAUCUGAAGAACUUUCAAAGUCACUUCAUUUCAAGAAGAUAACCAAUGACCACCUGGCGAAGAGUCCUGCAGCCGUAGCAGAUGAUGAAGCUGAGCAGCAACCAAGGAUGAUGCCCUUGAGGAAGUGUGCCAAUGUAGGAGGGUAUGAGACCGUAUUCCUACCUGGCGCUUCUCCCAGCUUUAUUAUGAAGUCAUCAAAGACGAUACCCAAGGUCAUCAGCUUGCAAGGAGAUGGCAUAAGAUCACUCAGCUCCUUUCACACUGAAGGCUGCGAGCGAGGCAUCAUAUACGCAGACUCUCAUGGCGUUGCGAGGGUCUGCCAGAUUCCUGUCGGAGAUACAGUCUACGCAGAGAUUGGCAUGCCUAUGAAGAAACUUCCACUUCAUAUUGAUGCCAGUUCCGUCACCUAUCACGCCCCUUCUACAACUUAUGUCGUUGGCUGCGACUCUAAAGAACCGUUUGAGCUGCCCAAGGAGGAUGACUAUCAUAAAGAAUGGCAGAAUGAGAAAGACCUGGCCUUCAAACCCAUGGUAGAGCGAGGCGUUCUCCAGUUGGUGAACCCAAUCAACUGGACAGUCAUCGAUACGGUGGAGAUGGAGCCUUGUGAGACUAUUCUGUGCCUUGAGACUCUCAAUUUGGAAGUGUCGGAGUCGACACAUGAGCGCAAACAGCUCAUCGUUGCCGGCACAGCAAUAGCAAAAGGCGAGGAUCUACCCAUUAAAGGGCGUCUCAUUGUAUACGAUGUAGUGACUGUCAUCCCAGAGCCUGGACGGCCAGAGACGAACAAGCGACUCAAGGUUGUAGCAAAGGAAGACAUCCCCCGGGGCGCUGUCACAGCACUCUCCGAGAUUGGAACUCAGGGUUUGAUGCUCGUUGCACAGGGUCAAAAAUGCAUGGUCAGAGGCUUGAAGGAGGAUGGAAGUCUGCUUCCUGUUGCUUUCAUGGAUAUGAGCUGCUAUGUGACGACUGUUCGCGAGCUGAGAGGCACUGGUUUGUGUCUCAUGGCUGACGCAGUCAAGGGUGUUUGGUUCACUGGAUACACGGAAGAGCCCUACAAGAUGAUUCUUUACGGCAAGAGUUCAACAACAUUGGAGAUCCUUACAGCGGAUUUCUUGCCCGACGAUGACGAACUCUCCAUCGUGGCAUGCGAUUCUGAUGGUGGAAUCCAUCUCCUGCAAUUUGACCCAGAUCAUCCCAAGUCGCUAGGCGGGCAUAUGCUCUUGCAUCGCACUACCUUUUCAGUGGGAGCCCACAUGCCAUCGCGGAGUCUCUUGCUGCCACGUACUCUCCCACCAGGCCACGAGUUGAUCCACGACCGCUCAAACAUGAACGACAACGGAACUGCUGCCGCACCUGCGCCGCCUCAGAUCCUCCUUCUUGCUUCGCACACGGGCAUGUUGGCGGCUCUGACACCACUUACUGAACAGGAGUAUCGCCGUCUCUCGUCACUGGCCUCUCAGUUAUCGAACAACCUAGCGCACCUCGGAGGCCUAAAUCCCAAGGCCUACCGCGCGCCUGUAACCAGUGCCGUGGUCGGCCGACAACCGCCAGCCGUAGAUGCUGGCGUCGGCAGGAGUAUCGUGGACGGCGCCAUGCUAAGCCGCUGGAAUGAGCUGGGUGCUGGCCGCAGGGCCGAGAUUGCCGGCCGCGUGGGUUUCGCUGGGGUCGAUGAGGUGAGAGCCACACUCGAAGGCUUGGUUGGUGCCAACGGACUGGGGUACCUGUAG